AUGGAAGAGGGCAAAGAGGAAGAUCAAGCUUAUUCUUGGUCUCAAAACAGCAACAACAAUGGCGGCCCAAUCCGAGACAAACCCGAAACCGAAACCGAAACCGAAACCAACCCACUCUCCACAUUCAAGUCCAUGCUCGAGGCCCAAAACGACGACUGGUACCUGGCCCAGCCAGCCGCCGCUUCUCUUACAGCAACUCAUCAGCUUCUCUUACAGCAACUCGAUUCAUCAGCGUCCUGUUCCCCAUCGUCCGUCUCGCUCUUCAAUGCUCUGGAUCCAAAUCAUCAGGUUAAUAGUUAUUUUCUCCAGCAAAAAUCUGUGAUGAGUAGUAGUAGUACAAUACCAAACCGCCCCUUGGAGGGAAGCUUUGAUCUGGGCUGCGAAAACGGUUAUCUCGAAAGUGCUCUGAACAGGGCCGGUGGGCUGUUGGGGGGUGGUUUUAGUGAUUUUGGUGCUGAUUCCCAUUUGGACAACCUUAAUUUGUCCUCAACUCCCAAUUCUGAGUUUGUGUCCAACAACUUGUUUCAAGGGAAUAAUUGUGGGUUUGGUUAUUUUGGGUUAGGUGAUAACAACAAUGGUGCUAGUAAUGGUGAAAAUACUAAUAAUAGUAAUUCACUGUUCUGUAAUAGGUCUAAGAUUCUAAAGCCACUUGAUAAUUUUGCCUCGGUUGGUUCACAGCCAACCUUGUUCCAAAAAAGGGCUGCCCUUAGAAAGAAUCUCGGGAAUAGCACCAAUAGUGUGAGUAAUUUGGGGUGUUUGAAUUUAGGGGGUCCUAGAAAUCAGAUUAGCUUAAAGUCCCCAGCUAGUGCAAGUAAUAUAGAAUUAAUCAGUGAGGAGAAUGAGAGGAAAAGGAAAAGUAGUAGUGUGGACGAUAUGGACGAUUUUAGCCUCGAUGGUUCUAACCUGCACUAUGAUUCUGAUGAUCAACUCUUGGAGAAUAGUACUGUGAGUGGAAAAAAUGGUGGAAAUUGUUCCAACGCUAACAGCACACUCACUGCCGGGGAUCAAAAGGGGAAAAAGAAAGGGCAGCCGGCAAAAAAUUUGAUGGCUGAGAGGCGGAGGAGGAAAAAGCUUAAUGACCGCCUCUACUUGUUGAGGUCGGUUGUGCCGAAAAUAAGCAAGAUGGACAGGGCUUCCAUACUUGGGGACGCAAUCGACUACUUAAAGGAGCUUUUGAAGAAGAUCAGUGACCUCAACAAUGAACUCGAGUCCAUUCCUGGUACCUCUUCAGCUACUCCAACAUCGAACUUUUACCCUGUCACGCCAGCUGGAACCCCUGGCCUACCAAGCCGUAUCAAGGAAGAGCUUUGUCACAGUGCAUUUGCAAGCCCAUUGUCAAGCCCAACUGGACAACCGGCAAGGGUGGAGGUGAGGCUAAGAGAAGGACGAGCUGUAAACAUUCACAUGUUUUGUGGACGAAAACCGGGCCUUUUGCUGUCUACUUUGAGGGCUAUGGACAGUCUCGGCCUAGACGUUCAGCAAGCUGUUAUCAGCUGCUUCAAUGGUUUCGCCUUGGAUGUUUUUCGUGCUGAGCAAUGGGGAGAAGGCCAAGAUCUUAAUCCUGAUCAAAUCAAAGCAGUGCUCUUGGAGUCUGCCGGCUUUCAUGGGGUAGUGUGA